ACUUACAUCUUGCAGUAUAGUAAUAAUGGCAAGAGAUUCAAUUACUAUAAGUCGUAUGGUAAACUGAGGGUAUUCCGUGGUAACUACGAUAUCUAUCACACCGUUUCGCGGCGAAUCUCUCCACCAAUCAAAGCUCGCUAUAUUCGCAUCAGACCAAAGACCUGGAAUAGCUACGUAUCAAUGAGAGUUGAACUGUAUGGAUGCAGAAGCAAAGAGAAGCGGUGUGCGUCUCCYGUUGGCUUGCAAAAUAACAAAAUCCGCAACAACCAGCUAACAGCCUCAUCAAUAAAAAGCAGCCAGUUUUCUUCAUUCUUGGCAAGACUACACAAUCAUCGACGUGGCAGGUUCCUGGGUGUUUGGAUGCCCAAGCAUAAUAACCAUGCGCAGUGGCUUCAGGUAGAUCUUGGAAGAACCAUGAAAAUUACUGGUGUUGCUGUACAAGGACGACCUGAUACUAGAAAAUGGAUCACUASUUUCUGGAUCAAGUAUGGAACGGAUGGAGUCUUCUUCAGUAUUGUAAAGACAAUGAAGGACACCACCAAGACCAUAUAUGCCAAUGUUGACCAGAAGUCUGUAUGGACCGAUUCCUUUGAUCCAGCCAUAUAUGGUCGGUAUGUACGUCUGAUCCCUAGAGGAUGGUACUCUGAGAUUGCAGUCAGAAUGGAGUUAUACGGAUGUCCCUGGAAUCGUUGCGACAUGCCUCUUGGUCUUCAGAGCCUCAAAGUAGCAAACCAAAGAACCCGAGCAUCGUCCUACCACAGUUAUCACUGCGGACCCUGGUACGCCAGGCUGCAUAAUCCCUACGCCUGGUGCGCACGCAAAAAUGACCGUAGUCAAUGGUUACAGGUAGACUUUGGUACAUCGACUAGGGUUACUCGUGUUGUCACGCAAGGAAGACAAAAUGCUGUCCAGUGGGUUAAGAGCUACUAUGUGUCGUACAGCAGAAAUGGACAGUCGUUUAGGACUUAUAAGGAGCAGGGUCGAACCAAGAUCUUCCAAGGCAACUACGAUCAGUUUAUUCCAGUUACCAACAAAUUCCAGAGUCCUCUGAACGGCCGUUACUUCCGCAUCCAUCCAGUGACAUGGUAUUCUCAUAUUUCUAUGAGGGUCGAGUUCUAUGGAUGUAUUACAGGUAAACUGUGCAACCAGCCCCUUGGAAUGCAAAGCAGAAAACUGGGACCUAAGAACCUCAUGGUAUCCUCACAGAGGGAUAACAACCAUGAUGCAACGCGUGGACGCCUUCACAUCGCACGAGUCGGACACAAGAUUGGCGCUUGGAGUGCUCGAAUCAAYGAUCGCUAUCAGUGGUUCCAGAUCGAUCUUGGCCGUCCUUCCAGGGUGGUUAAAAUUGCUWCCCAAGGUCGCCAGGACGCUGACCAGUGGGUAACGCAGUAUUACAUCACUCACAGCGUCGAUGGAGCGAACUUUGCUGAUUACAGAAACAUACGUGGAAGCAGAAUGUAUUUUGCUGGCAACAGAGACCGCAACAGCGUCGUACAGCAUCGUUUCUUCCCACGCAUCAAGGGAAGAUUUGUUCGUAUUCAUCCUUGGGGCUGGCGAAGUCACAUCUCGAUGAGAAUCGAGCUGUAUGGUUGCGCAACAAGUCGUUGUAGCAUGCCCUUGGGAUUACAAGACCGUCGUAUUGGUAAUGGACAGAUGUCUUCUACUCCAGCUCACUACCCUGCGUAUAGGGCUAGAGUGAAUACUCACUAUUAUUGGUAUCCAAGGGCACGAAACCGUAACCAAUGGCUACAGAUCAACUUUGGUUAUGUUGCCCGAGUGACUGGCGUAGCAACACAGGGAGCCCAUAACACUAACCGAUGGGUCAAGAGCUACACWAUGUCGUACAGUCGUCACGGCAGUAAAUUUGUUCCUGUMAAACAAGGAGGAAGAACAAAGGUAUUUGCUGGGAACAAUGACCGUAACACCUUGGUUUUCCAUAACCUACCCAGURCUAUUAGUGCUGUCUUUGUGCGUAUUCAUCCUUUCACCUGGCAUUAUUAUAUCAACCUUAGAGUAGAGCUCUACGGCUGCGCAGACAAGUACUGUAACAAAGCUCUUGGCAUGGCUAACAAGCACAUCAAGGACUCCAGGCUAUCAGCGUCAACAGAGAUCAACAGACACUAUGCUGCUAGACUUGGUCGUUUGUACCUUGUUAACAAAGGACGUGACAAGGGGGCAUGGUGUGCAAAAUAUAACAACCACUAUCAGUGGUACCAGGUUGAUUUUGGCCGAGCAAUGAAGGUCAAUGAGAUUGCGAUCCAAGGUAGACACGCCUACAAUAACUUUGUCAAAAGCUUUUACGUCAGAUACAGCUCUGAUGAAGUCCACUGGAGCUACCAAAAAGAGACAAACAAAAUCAAGACUUUCCCAGCCAACAGGAAUAUGUAUUCCACUGUAACAAUAGCCAUGAAUCCACCAGUCCUUGCCAGAUAUGUAAGAGUCUAUCCACGUGGAUGGCACUCUCGUAUCUGUAUGAGGACGGAGUUCUACGGAUGUGAAGCAGACCGCUGUGAAAUGCCCCUUGGUGUCCAAGAUGGUCGCGUCCUACGUAACAUGAUGCACGCCUCUUCAUACCAUCCCAGUACUUCAUACAGACCAUGGAAAGCACGUCUGCACAGCUCAUCAGGCUCCUGGUAUUCUGGAAUAAGAAACACUAGACAGUGGCUCCAGAUUGAUCUUGGAGUCAUCUCUUAUGUCAGACGUAUAGCCACUCAAGGAGCUUAUAAUGGAAACUCAUGGGUCAAGAAAUACAUUGUCUCGUAUAGUGUUAAGGGGUUCAGGUUCAUUCCUUAUAAGGAGGGACAAAGAAUAAGGAUGUUCUUUGCUAACACGGACAGGUAUCAAGUCACAUUWAACAGGCUUCUUAAGCCAAUCAAGGCCCGCCAUGUUGACUUUGGAAGACCGACUAAGGUCAUGAUGAUCUCCACCCAAGGACGACAGGAAGCCAGACAAUGGGUGACUCGUUACCUCAUCCAACACAGUGUGGAUGCUGUGCAUUUUGUCUAUUACAAAGAAAGGAAUAAUCUCAAGUAUUUCUAUGGAAACAGAGACAGCAAUUCUGUAGUGUCACGUAAAUUCUUCCCCCACAUCAGAGCUCGCUACAUCCGGGUCUUACCUUACAGCUGGUAUAGACAUAUCAGUAUGAGAGUUGAGUUCUAUGGAUGCCAUAUUGCAUSCCGAUACAUGCCCCUUGGAAUGGAAGACUACCGUAUCCCAUCUGGUGCCCUMCGCUCAUCCAACCACGACAGCUAUUACAAAUCCAAUGGUGACCGCGCCCGUCUUAACGACUACCCUCGCAGUGGAUUCCUUGGAGGCUGGUACACACCACACAGGAAUCAUCACCAAUGGCUACAGAUUGAUAUUGGAAAGAUGGCUCGAGUUACUGGUAUUGCUACACAAGGAAGRAUGCAUUCUAACUACUGGGUUAAGACGUACAUGUUGUCUUAUAGUAACAAAGACAGGGGAUUUAAAUAUUAUACAAUGUUUGGAAAACACAAGGUUUUCCUUGGCAACUAUGAUCGUUACAAUACUGUGUUAAGAAGAAUCGAACCCAACAUCCACUGCCGAUUCAUUCGUAUUCACCCAAKAUCCUGGCAUGGAUACAUUGGCAUGAGAGUCGAACUGUACGGAGUCAGACGACRCGAGAGGUACUGUGACAAUAAACUGGGAAUGCAGUCCGGUCGAAUAAAGAACAGUCAAAUGACAGCAUCAAGCAUGCUGAAUAAAAAAUACGCCCCAUACCUCGCUCGUCUACUCAGGACCUUCAAACAUGGUCUUCAGCCAGCGUGGAUACCACGUCAGCCGUCCAAAUCCUGGCUUCAGGUUGACUUCCGUCGUACUAUGAAGGUUGAUGGUAUCUAUACACAAGGCCAGGAGAAUGCAAAUUACUUUGUUAGGUCGUUCUAUAUAAAAUAUAGUCAAGAUCGGGAGCAUUUUGCCGAACAAAGACAAUGGAUUGAUACAUAUAAGCUUUUCUACAAUAACUACGACCACAAGGGAGUGAGAUCAUUAUUCUUCAAGCCGUCAAUCAUCUGUCGAUUCUUCAGAGUCUACCCUCGUUCCUGGCAUUCUCGAGCCGCUUUGAGACUUGAGAUUUAUGGGUGUCCUUGGAAUCGCUGCGAUGCACCAUUAGGUGUACAAGACAAACGUGUAGCCGAUCAAUCCAUGACAGCCUCCUCAUACCAAAGCUCCACUUAUGCACCAACCCGAGCCCGUCUUCACCUUCCAUAUGGAUGGACACCCCGUCAUAACCGACGUGGCCAGUGGCUUGAGGUAGACUUCAGUGCCAUGGCCAAAGUCACGAGGGUCGCUACUCAGGGCCGUAGUAAUACUCACUACUGGGUUAAGAGUUACUAUGUGACGUACAGUAAAGAUCGCUCAUYAUUUACUACUUAUAUGGAGAACCGCAGGAGAAAGAUAUUCCAAGGAAACUACAAUCGAUUCACAGUAGUAAUCAAUAAAUUCCUUCGACCUCUAAACGGUCGGUAUUUCCGUAUCUACCCAGUAACAUGGCGAAGCUGGAUAUCUCUGAGAGUAGAAUUCUACGGCUGCGUCACAGGUAAGGGCUGCAAGGCUCMACUAGGUUUACGAAACGGAAAACUCCGCGACUAUCAGCUGAGUGCAUCAUCAAGCUGGGACAGAAACCAUGGACCACAAAAUGGCCGCUUAUACUUCAAGAAACGAGGAGCCAGAGUGGGUGCUUGGUGUGCCAAGUAUAACACGCGCAACGAAUGGUUCCAGAUUGACUUCCAGGCUGCUACUCGUCUCAAUAAGAUAUCAACUCAGGGAAGACAUGAUGCUGAUCAGUGGGUGACCACUUACCGGCUCAGCUUCAGUACAGAUGGUGCUAACUUUGCUAUCUACAAAGAGGGAUAUAACUACAAGUAUUUCAAAGCCAAUCGCAACCGAAACGAUGUAGUAAGCCAUCGAUUCUUCCCUCACAUUCGAUGCAGGGUGAUACGUAUCCUACCCUACCAAUGGCAUCGACAUAUUUCUAUGAGAGCAGAAUUCUAUGGAUGUAGAGAAGAUCGCUGUGCCAUGCCAAUCGGACUKGAGGAUGGCCGAAUCACGGAAGGUCAGUUCUCUGCGUCUUCAUAUUACAACAAUCACCUCUCACCAAGAUACGGCAGACUGAACUUCGCUUAUGGCUGGCGUCCACGUCACAGAAAUCGUAACCAAUGGCUACAGGUGGACCUGGGUGAUAUCACUACCAUAAAAGGAAUCGCUACGCAGGGUUCCCGAAAUUAUAACUAUUGGGUGAAGAGCUAUAGACUGAGUUACAGCAACGAUGGUGUUGGAUGGAGAUGGUUUAGGAAUAAGAAUAAGGGCAUCAAGAUCUUCUCUGGAAACAAUGACAGAUAUAAGGUCGUACAGCAUUUCUUCAAGCCAAUUCGAGCAGCCAUGAUCCGUGUUUUCCCUUACACUUGGAAUGGUUGGCCUGACAUCCGUGUUGAGUUCUAUGGCUGCACAAUCAAAUGCARCAAGGCAUAUGGAAUGCAGAAUGGACAAAUCGGAAACAGCAGAGUAACCGCAUCAAGUGAAUGGAACGCUGCGCUCGGUGCCAGUCGUGCUCGACUGAUGAUCGCGCGUCAUGGAGCUAAACUAGGGUCUUGGUGCGUAAGCAACCGCAAUAACAACAACAGGCAAUAUCUACAAAUAGACCUGGGCCGAGUGAGGAAAGUUACUAUGAUAGCAACACAAGGACGUCAAGAUGUUGGUUGGUUUGUAAGGCAGUACUAUGUGAAGUACAGUCAAGAUGGAUAUCACUGGGCAAUUUACAGCCACAGAAACUCUCCUAAGAUCUUUUAUGCCAAUACUAACAACUUGGCAGUCAAGACAAACCAUCUGAGUCCACCAAUCAUUGGSCGAUAUGUACAAAUUAACCCAAGGUCAUGGAAUGGCUACAGCUGUAUGCGUGUUGAGCUUUAUGGAUGCAAGACUGAUGCUUGUGAUGCUCCUCUGGGUGUCCAGGACAGACGCAUUCGUCACGAGAUGUUUACAGCAUCGUCAAUCAUCCAUACAUACCGAGGACCAUGGAGCGCAAGACUCUUCCAAGUGAACCGCGGUAGAACAUACGGAGGAUGGUUACCAAAAACAAGCAACCGAAAACAGUGGAUGCAAAUCGAUAUUGGUUCGGUAGCCCGAGUGAAGAGAAUCGCCACUCAGGGUCGCUAUGAUGCAAAUCAAUAUGUCAAGUCCUACACCAUCACAUUUAGUUUGAAUGCACACAAAUUCUAUCCUUACCGAGAGGGUCGUGCAGUCAGAGUCUUCAAAGGAAACAUGGAUAGAUAUAUGGUAGUUACUAACACGCUAUACAGGCCACCCAAGGCUCGUUAUGUUCGUAUACAUCCUCGCACUUGGUAUGGUUUCAUUGCUCUGAGAGUCGAACUCUACGGUUGUAGAUUAGUUCCUCUUUGCAAUAAGCCAAUGUUACGCCGCAUACGCAGCAACCAAAUGACCGCCUCUUCUACCUUCAACUCCAAGCACGCCCCAUUCCUGGGCAGAUUGAACCAGAAGAGCAGGCGAGGUAAGUCAGGCGCAUGGUCCGCUCUGCAUAACAACUACGAGCAAUGGCUGCAGGUUGACUUCGGUGGACCAAGUAAGAUUGUCAUGAUGCAAACCCAAGGAAGACACGAUGCCGAUCAGUGGGUCAAGUCUUUCUAUCUGUACUAUGGCCUAGAUGGAGUUCGUUUUACACCCAUGAGAUGGACCACUGGAGGAAUAMGGAACUACCCAGCGAAUGUUGACAGAAACUCAGUCAAGUCGUAUGUAUUCAGUCCAGCUCUUCGAUGUAGAUUCAUCCGAAUCAACCCAAGAUCC